AUGAGCAGGAGAUUCCAGAUGAGCAGGAGGAGAUCCCAGAUGAGCAGGAGGAGAUCCCAGAUUAGCAGGAGGAGAUCUCAGAUGAGCAGGAUGAGAGCCCAGAUGAGCAGGAGGAGAUCCCAGAUUAGCAGGAGGAGAUCCCAGUUGAGCAUGAGGAGAUCCCCGAUGAUCAGGAGGAGAUCCCAGAUGAGCAGGAGGAGAUCCCAGCUAAACGUCUCUGCUGGAGAAAAGUUUGUGGCAGUGAAAGUUGGAGCGGUGUUGAGCAGAGCUGAGGAGGUGGACAAAGAGGCAGUGACAGAUCUGAAGAGCGCCCCCCGCUGGGCCUCAGAGCAGCAGCACUCAUCUGUCACAGUCUUCCCGCGUCUGUGA